AUGUCAGAAGGUUACGCCAGACUGCGGUACAGAGACACUUCCCUCCUCAUCUGGCAGCAACAACAGCAGAAGCUGGAGACGGCGCCACCUGGGACUUAUCUGAGCCGGAGUCAGAGUAUGUGGUACUCACAGUAUGGGAACCAGUCCAUCUUAGUCCGUGACAAGGACAGCAUCUCUAGAGACACUGGACAGUCCAAGUUCUGCACCGUAAUGUGA